AUUUGUUUUCCCAUGAGCCUCUAUUGAAGCGCUACAGCAGCCAUCUUCUUACGAGAAACCCGGGGAGCUCGGCGGGGAAUUUAUUUCCUCAAGUAAGAUCUUUUCUUGAGGGACUGGCGUUCCUAUGCAUCAGGAACAAUGAGCCAGUACAUCCACGUAGCCGAAGAAGAGGGCGAGGAGCCCAUGGAGGUACCUAGUGAGGAUGAUGGAACACUUUUGUUGACGACGUUGUCAGCUCAGUUCCCCGGGGCCUGUGGAUUGAAAUAUCGAAACCACGAAACAGGCACUCUGCGAGGGAUCAGACUGUCAGACGGUCGACUUUAUCCUCCGGAUACUGACUGGGGAAGGCAUCUUUACAUUGCAGUGUUUCCUAAAGGUGAGAAGCCCCCAGGGACCACCUCGCUGGGAGACUCCAGUUUGGCCAUCAAGUCCUACAAACGCUUUGAGCGUCAGAAGUGCAGUGAUCUCAUUGUGCUUGGUCUUCCUUGGAAAAGCAAUGAAGAAGAUUUACGGAAGUAUUUCCAACAAUUUGGAGAGCUGCUCAUGGUUCAGGUCAAGAAAGACCCGAAGUCGGGACAGUCGAAGGGCUUUGGAUUUGUCCGUUUUGGUGAAUACGAGUCUCAAGUGAAGUGUAUGUCCCAGAGACACAUGAUUGAUGGACGAUGGUGUGAUGUGCGCAUUCCCAAUUCAAAGGAAGGAGCUCAGCAGAUGAUGAAUCGCAAGGUGUUUGUGGGGAGGUGCACGGAGGACAUGACGGCCGAAGACCUACGUCACUACUUCAGCAAAUUCGGCGAGGUGGUGGACGUUUUCAUCCCCAAGCCCUUCCGAGCUUUCGCUUUUGUCAGCUUUGCUGACCCGGAGACUGCUCAAACCUUGUGUGGGGAGGACCACAUCAUCAAGGGGGCUAGUGUCCACAUCAGUGGCGCCGCUCCUAAGGCCAGCGAGAAGUACGAUCGUCGCAUGGUCCCGAACCACGGUCACAUGGCGUACCAGGGCUCGUGGGGGCCGGGCCGAGGCGGUAACCCCAACAGCAGCAGCAACAUGAGCGUGGCCACCGGCAUGGGCAACAACAUGGGCAUCGGUAACCUGGGCCUGGGAGCUUUGCAGCUCAACCAUGCCAUGCUGGCAGCGGCCCAGGCAGUCCUGAGCAGCCAGACGGGCUGGGGUCCGCUUGGCCUCACCCAUCAAAGUGCUGGGGCCACCACCAAUGGGGACCCUCUGGCGGCGGUCACUACCACUGCUGCUCCACAUAGCAUGUCGGCCAGCGGGGGCGGCUCCUCCUAUGCUCCGGCCGCCCCCAUGGGCGGGACGGGCACGGCGGCCAGCAACGGCAGCGUGGUGACCCCCGGGGCAGGGGCCACGGCCAACAACAGCUUCCUGGGCUGGGGUAGCCAGACGACGGAGAUGCACCCGGCCCCCGUGCCCCAGCACACGGUGGCCACCAGUCAGAUCCCCAACUGGAGCUCGGUGCCUAAGGCCACCUCGGGAUGGAACUGAUUGGAUUGGAUGGGUGGGUUGGUUGGUUGGCUGUGGCUGGCUGUUUUGGUGUCGCUGAUGUUGCUGUCGCGUCACUGCUGCGUUGUGUGUGGUGUGUGUCGUGUGUGCGUGUGGUGAGGAGGAAGAGGAAGAGGGUGGAUGGAGCUAACCUAGAAGCGCAGCCCCUCCCCUCCCCCCCUCUGACUCGAUGAUAUGAUUGAUGAUUUGAUGGCUGAUGGUGAUGAUGAUGAUGAUAACGGUUACGGCUGUUGUGGAUGAUGAUGAUGAUGAUAAUGAUGAGAUGACAAUGAGGAUGUGGUGAUGAUGAAUUUUGUUUAAUGUUGUUUUGUCUGUUUUUUUUUUUUUAAAAAGAAUUUGUCUUGAUAAUUAGUGUGCGUUUGUUUAAUGAGUUUGUUUGCUUUUUGCGGGGAAAAUUUGAGUGGCUGUUUAAACAGGGGUUGGGUUUUUUACCGUCCCCAACUCCCUUUGUUUCCUUCUAGUUUGUUUCUGCUUUUCUCUGGUUUUUUAAAAAUAUUUUUUUUAAAAAAUUUAUUUAUACUACUAUUUUUAAAGCUAAGAUUUGAUUGCAUGAUGCUGUUUUAUUUUCUCCUUCCUUUUUGUGUCAGAACUCUCUUGAUAUAUAUAUAUAUAUAUGUAUCUGCGUUAUAGCUAAAGAUUGAAUACUACUCCUUUACUUCGCAUGAAAAACAACCUCAUUCUGAAUUGGUUGGGGGAAUGUAGUGAUCUUCUCUAAAGUAAAGUAUAGCUGAAGCUCGUGCUUUUGCCUUUUUAAAUCUUUAGUGUAUUUUCUUACGCUAUUUUUAUUUAACCUUUUACUUGGUUGAAAGUAGUAGAUUUACGGCUCAAUAGAUGGGACUGGAAAGAAAGUCAUUUGUACGAUUGGAAAAAAACCAAAACAUUUUUUGUGUGCAGAGAUAAAAUAUAUCUGAUGAAAAGUGUGGAAGGAUUCAGGUAAAUGUUUUUUUUUUUUGUUGGAAGAGUAUGUGGCAACAGGGCGUACGUAUACUGAGGACUAACUUAUGAGGCAAACACUUGAAUAUUCAGUAUCGAUAUAUGCAUCCGUGAAAUUUCCAUUGAUUUGAUUCAAUCUUUCAAAAUGGCAAAAGACAUAUAAAAAGAAAGCAGUGCAGCUUACUCG